AUGAUGACGAGUAUGGGACCGUCUUUUGCAGGCCAUCCUGCCGGCAUGCAACAACAUCCAGGUGUUCCCGGCCAUCCCAUGGCUCAGGGAAUGCCUCACAACCCGGGUCAGCAAGGCCCACAGGGCGGAGGAAUGCCUCACCAGAUGCAUAUGGCGGUGUCAGGGCCUGGUGGUCAGGUUAAUCCAAACCAGUUGAUGGGCGGCAUGCCGCCGGGUGCCGGUGGUCCCAACGCUCACGCUCUGCAGCAUCUCAAUCCUGCCCAAAACCCAAUGUUCCAGCAGAACCAGUUCGGUAACUUCAACAACCCAGCCGCGAUGGCGCAUGCCACCCAGCUCGCGCAGCAGCGGUUAUUCCAACAGCAGCAACAGGCACGGCAGGCGCUCAUGGCGCAGCAGGCCUUUAACGCGAAUAUGGCUGGCGUCAAUGGAAUGCCCAUGGGCAUGCAGAUGAACCCCAUGAACGCGGCUCAGCUUGCGGCAAUGCGCCAGGGCAUGCGACCGCAGGGACACAACCCUCAGGCACAGGCAAUGCUCGCCCAACAGAUUGCGCUCCAGCAGCACCAAGCCGUCCAGAACCAGCAGAUGCAACAGGGCCAGCAGCAGGGCCAGCCGGUCCAGAUGAAUCCUCAGCACAUGCAACUCCAGCAGGCCCAAAUGGCUGCUUCGAUGCAGGCUCAGCAACAACAGCAGCAGCAGCAAGCACAGCAACAACAGCAGGCCCAGCAGCAGGCCCAGCAGCAGCAGGCUCAACAACAGCAACAGCAGCAGGCUCAGCAGCAGGCUCAGCAUCAGCAGCAGCAGCAGCAACAGGGUCAGCCUCAGGGUCAACCGCAACAGCCCCAGCCGCAACCUCAGCAGACUCCACACCAAACACCGCAGCAGCAAUCCGCUCAGCCCGUCAACCCUCAGUCUGCCGGCCAACCCACGCCAUCCCAGACUCCCGGGCCUGCUCCGAAUCAGCAGCCGCAGCCUCCUCAGGCCCAAGCCCAACCCCAAGGACCCCCUCAGAUGGCUCCCCAGCCCGGACCGCAACAGAUGAAUCCUGCGCAGCAGGCCGCUGCCCAGGCUGCCGUCGCCAACAGCAUGGCUAUGGCGCAGCAAAGAAGAGAAGGGAUGAAGGGGCACUGCCUGCUCAAACUCAUGCAGUUCAGCGAGCACUUGAGCGGUUUCCCCGGUUCCAAGGGCAAGGACGACCUGUCCUACUGGAACAGCUUCGUCAGCCAGUUCUUCUCUACAAAGGGCGUUUUCCGCCACUCGGUACAUAUCACGGAUGUCGAAGACCAGGCGGACAAGCAAUACGAAAUCACAUACCCCGCCCUCCCGCGAUAUUUCCACACCCACUUCGACAGUGGUGUGAAGAACAUGCAGUUGAUUAUGGAGAAGGGAACCACGGACAGGCCGCUUCCCGGUGAUGGCCACUGGAUCGAGAACACCAAGUCGAGCCUCGUCUACUGGUUCGAGAGCGGAUCGCACCUCGUUGCGACGGGUACCGUCCGGGCGCACUUUGAUGCGGAGCAGAAAAUUGAGCUCUUUGAGUUCCUGACCAGCAACCACGAAGAAUACAUCUCGCGGAAGGCCGCCAUCGAGGCGGCGAAGCCUGUGCACAACUGGGUCAAGGAGUGGCACAAGGUCAACUCCCAAGACAGUAAGGCUUCGCCGGAGAUGAGCAAGAAGGGUAAAGCCCGUCCCAUGAAGUCUCCGCAAAAUCCUCCGCCAGAAGCGCUGGUGGAUCUUCCGGAGUCGGCAGUAAAGAGGGGCAUGGGGGUUACCGAAGCCGUCUUCCAAUUCCUCGAGAUUGCUGAAGUGAUCGGUCAAAUGAACCCUCUAUUCGCCUUUUAUCACACCCACCCCAACCUCGGCCCCUACGCUGCCCUGGAGCAGUACGUCGGCCAGAUUAACGCGGCGCCGCCAAACAUGAAUGGUCAGCCCAUGCCUCAGGGCCCUAGGACCCCCAGCUUCGGCCAGUUCCCGAUGGGCGCGAGCCCAGCACAGCCGCAUAUGCAGCUUCCUGGCUCGCCUCAUGUCCAGGGCAGCCCUGCUCAGGGUCACAUGCAGGCACCCGGCAUGCAGAUGCAGCAGAGCCAGCAAGGUACCAGCUCCAGCGGGCCUAGUGCAAACACGUCCCCGGCCUCCAACAAGCGAAGACGCCCAUCUGGUGUCAAGAUGGAGGAGGAUGGCUCCCAGGCGCCGACUCCCGGCGGCCCCCAAGUCAACGGGGUCCAGAACAAGGGCAAGCCGCCUACGCCGCGGAUGGCGAAGAGGAUGAAGGGCAACCCGGCAUGA